CCAACGGUAACGUUUAGUUUAUUUCGUUUGGCCGUUCACUUCAGUUGAGUGCAAUGGAGAUGCAACCAUUUUGUGUGAUUUUUUUCUCCAACCGUACCUGCUUCCAUUUCUGAACCGUUGGGCAGAAUUUCAUUCUGUUUCAAAGCAUCCGGCGAGACGCAUGCAGCAGCUUCCCAUUGUAAUUGAGCAUACAAAUUUGGCCAGUAAAGCAAGCGGCGACUUUUGCCUCGUUGUGAAUGCAAGUGCAGUACGAAAAGUUUGCUACUUCGAUACGGGCGUGUAGAAGAAAUCGACGCACCAAAAAGGGUCUCUGUCGGCCGGAUGCUGUAAGUUUUUUUGUUCCCGCUGCAAUUUGCACACGCUUUCCAGCAAGGUGGCACAUCGAAGAAGCGACAGAUCGCACAUGAUUUAGCAUGCUUUCUUCGUUCAACGGCCCGACGGCUUGAUGUGGAUGGUGCAGUUUUGGAUUGUAGUUGAAGCUGCAAAUAGGACCAGGUAUUUCAUAAAAGAGACGUCUUCGUAUUGAGCUGUAACCAUAGCUACACAUACGCCUCCCAAUGGAAGAUAACACGAUAAGCAUGUUUAUGGAUGUGAAGUUGGACAUCCGGGAGAGGAAACUGGAAUUUUCUCACAUGAAGUCCUGGUCGAGAUAUUUCGUGCGGGUAGAAGCCGUCAAAUGUUUCCCGUGUUAUAUGCGCAUCUCGUUCUUCACAGCACCCACCGAUCUUACCACCGAUCUGAUCGUGCGCAUUAACAUUCCCGGACUCACCGUACAAAUGGCCACGUCACGUACGAAACAACAUUCGUACGGUUUAUUCUGGAAAAACAAUCGCAAACGCUGCUGUGCCUAUUUCGCGCUGGAAACGCAACUACUGUGCGAACGCCAUCUGCGCUGGAUGAAAAAAUCCAUCCGUAACCUUGAGCUGUAUCGGCAGGAGAUGAUGCAGUUGCGCCGUGCUAGCCGAACACCGCUGUACGAAAUACGGCAGGAGAUGCAACCGCUCGAUCCACUUGCUGUGGCAGCAACGGCCGACGGAGGUAUGUGCGAUGAUAUGGGUAUUUAUCAGAAUCUUGACAACACGCAGAACAUUAUGGGUCUGCAGGAUAUACUUGGCCCGUUACCUACCGUACCGGUAGUGGAACGAACCGAACCGAAUUCGGCUAACUGGUCGAGGCGUGUUUCUGGAAUGUCUGGCAUUUACGAAGAAAUUCGUGACGAUCUAGCGGCACCUAAUUCACGCUUAUCGCGAGCCUCGAUUGCUUCCGGCAUCUACGAGGAAAUGAAACUAGUGAUCGCAAGUGGUGAAGCAAUAAAGGAAGAAGUUGUUACACCACCUCCACCACUGCCACCCCGCACACGUUCGAAUACGAACGAAGGGUUUGAUCUGCAGCGUUCGUACACGGCACCAGAAGCGGAGCUAAUGAAGAAGAAACGUCACCACUGGCUGCGCUUAGAAUCGAUGUUUGGUCGUCGGCGUACCACUAGUACCAAUUCACAAGGUUCGGGGUCAGAUAAAAAGAAUCGAAAGGAAUGCAAAAUUGGCACAAGAAAAACGGCCACAGUUGGAUGUUCUGAAUCGGAAAAAGCUGGCGCCGUAAUCCACCGGGAUAAGGUGUGCCGAUUGCGAUUGGCCGAGAAUAAGCGUAACAGUUUCUCUAGUCCUGAUCUAAGCCGGUUGAAAAUAAGCGAAACACCCGAAGGAGCACUAUGUGACGAUGGAGUUGGCAAUACGUCUUGUGACAAUCUGUCGGAUGGCGUUGGGUCGUGUACGUCCGAGUUUUAUCUACAGCGAGAUAUCGACUACAUCGAGGAGGAUUGUUGCUUUGCUUCGUCCGAGUUUAUCAAUACGUCCGGUAUGUCUCUGGUUGAGGAAAGUGAACCAAACGUGGAACAAUACCCGGAAGGGUUCGGGUUGGUUGUACCGGAUUUAAGGCGUUUGAACAUUUCUGAACGAAUUCUGGAUGGUUUUAAUCGUUCGGCAAACUCUUCGACGGUAAAUCUGGUGGGCUGUGUGGCAGCAAUAGGAGAGGAAAAUUACGAGAUAGAAAAUGGUUCCACACAAGCGUCAGCCACUGUUGCCUGUCCUCCACCGAUUAAGGAGGCGGAUUUGGACGGUUACCUUGAGAUGGGGCCGGUCGGCACAGGGUUUAACCGACAGAAGUUGUUAGAAGAGGUUGUGAUGUAUAGAAACAAUCCUCUGCCACCGAUAGCAGCGAAAAGAUUAGAAUCAAGUGUGCCAGAUGGUGAAGAAUCCAUCUAUAUGAGCAUGGGAGGAACGGAGAAGGUACUGCAGGAACCGAUACGAUCAAGUUCGACCAGUAGUAGCAGUAGUAGUACAAACAGUAGCAGUGGCGUUAGUAGCGCUAGUGAACAUAGCUACGCCGCUUCACACGAUGGCACGGGGAAGCAUCGCUGUUCGGUAGAUGAUAAAAUUCCUUCCUACUAUCCGAACGAAGAUUCACAGCGAACGUCACCGAGCUCCAAGCGUAAAGGGACCAUCGAAGACAACCCAAUGACUCCACCUGCAACCACACUACCAAGAAUGGUACGAUCCGCACAACGAGCCGAAUCGACGGUUGAACAGCAUGAUCGUAUCCAAGCAUCGUUCCGUACACCGAAAGCAAGCAGCCGCCGCUUGCGUACGUUACAUGGUGCACGAUUGUCCCCGAAAGAUGCGGCUCACCAUGUCGAGUCUGCCGCUGGAAGUGGUUCGGAAUGUUCUCCAAAGCUUUACCAAAAGUAUGCAACCCUUGCGCGAUUGUCAUCAUCGCCUUGUAAAACUGCGGAGAAAAGUAAAAACCCGCUCGACGAUAAAGUGCCGGAAAAAGGAAUUGUAACCACACCGGUAACGACACCGAUCAGUAAGCGAUUUGGAUCGUUGCCGCGCUUUGGCAAAAUUGAUCUUUCACCGCUGAGGAUGAAAAUCAACAGCGUACUGCAGCGACAUAAUUCGGGCAACCUGUGAUCCUGUCGUCACAGCAGAAAGGGGGGAAGCGAACGUUUUGCGAAACGUUUUACUAAGAAGGAGAAAGUAUUGCUUUGAAGUGCAAAAUUUGUGAUUUAAAGUACUUAAACUGCUCAAUAUGUUACAGCUUUAGCUUUUAAGUUUUAAAUACGCAAGCAUUAGCAUAAGCAUUUUCGUUGUCUUUUUAAGAAUCUCACCUACGCUCUAAAGAAGGUGCUAUUGAACAUAUUUCAUUACACCGUCGCUGAAAGCUUCUCACUAUUUGCCCUUUUGCCUUUUACACGAUCGUACAACAAUCAUGGCGUUUUUGCACCUUACAAAGAAACGAUUAAACAUAAAUCGAUAGAAGUUAUACCUAAUCAUAAGAAAUUCAAGCGCAACAUAGACAAAUAUGGAGAUUUAGAUAAAAAAAACAACAAAUUCCUGUACCAAGGCUUCGACCAGUUUUAAGUGUACGUCAUGCAAUUAAGCUUUAGCUAUAGCCUAGCUCUUUUAAUUUUCCAUUCUCAAAUGGUGCUUUAGUGAAUGUUGAGGAGAGCUGUUAAAUUUAAGAAUGAUUUUAUGAAACACUAUACGCGCUGCAUUCUUUUAUUGAAGCGAUACUGCCAUAGCUUUACGACGCAAUGCUAGCGAAACGAUAGUAGAACUCCAGCUUAUUGUGGAUGAUAAAUACGAAAAUCAGCAUAUCUGGUGCAAAAUUACACCAAGCAAUGUGAAAUGUAGCAAUACGUACUCAGCAAAUCAGGAUCAAUUUUGAAAAGAAGAUAUUUUAAUGAACAAGAGGAAGAAUAUCGGUUGGCAGGUUUUGAACUGUGAUUUUCGCUCAGCAAUGGGUGGACAUAUCCCUCCGAACGAUAUCGAUUCUAAAUUUUCAAUACCACACAGGAAAUAGUAUGGAAAGGAACAAUUAAGGGAAUAAAAGUGUGACAGUGGAAUCUCGUUCUGCAAUUCCUGCCCGUGUAUCCUGCAUAACGGUCGAAGUGAAACAAGAGAAUUAACUGAUAUUUAGAUAGGCCAAGCAAACACUGCAUAUCAUGCCGCAUUUGAAUAGUUGUGCUUCAAAAAAUGGCUUGCAGAGUGUGUUAUCGUAUUAGUAGGUGCGCAUGAGCCAAGUAGUAAUUGUAAUGUGAGAUUAUAAUCGCCGCCACAAACGCCUGCAAACAAUCAUACCGAAAAAUGUACAAACAAGCCGGAAAUCUUCGCCAUGGAAGGGAGUUUUGCAUCUGUUGCAUUUAGGACAGAAACUUUUACAGCGUUGAUCACGGUUUAAAAUAAAGACAAAAUUAUGCUUAUUA